AUGAGCAGUCUUUCCCGAGUUAAAUUACGCAUUUGCAAAGCAGCAGCUCGGAAAAAGUUACACAUUUUUUGCGACGAACAGAGCUACGCUGAUAACUUGAUUCGCCUGUACAUAUACAAUGAGCUAGACAGAAAAACCACAAAUGAGAAAAACCCAUAUAGAGAAAAUGUAAGUAAAUAUGUGGGAAAAGUAACAGCACAUUUAAAAAUUAACCGAGGGAAUGGUAACAUCAUAUUUUCGGUUGCCACCUUUUUGGACAUUUUUUUCUUUAAUUACUUCAAAUUUAAUCACAAGUCCAAAUUGGUUUUUCUGUACAGCGAAAUACGCCUAAAGUAUGUAAACAAAUUUUUUCAGGCAAAUGAUAAGGAAAAAAGAGACCUCAUCACUCAGCAACAAAAGCUGAAUUGUCACUCCCACGCCAUUAUCCCUCUAAGUAACAGAAGAACCUUCAUACAGGACAUACUAAACCAGACAGAGAAUUUAAAAGAUUUGUCAAUUCUUAUUUGCAUUAUAAGAAAAGCAUCUUCCUUCCACACGUUCGAUUGCUCCAAAAUAUUAGACUCCCUGUUGAGAAAGCUUUAUUCACAUAUUAACAAUUUCGCCGUGGCAGUGAAACCCAACGGUGCAUAUAGUUUAAGGUACUGCGCGUCCCUAAUCCUAAUCGAUAAGAUUAAAAUAGAACAAACCAAAACGGUAAAGAUACGGGACCUUCUUUAUUCCUUCUACCAACUUGUCUACCUCCAGCGAGGCCAGAAAAUCCAAUUUAUCUUUUUAAGAAUUCUGGCCAUCCUUGGCAAAAAUUACGCGCACCUUGCGAGGGGCGGCCAAGGCGCCUGGGGGAAGGCGGCGAACGAAGCGAAUGAGAACGAAGCGAAUGCCAACCAUGCCACUACCCACUCCCCUGCGUGCAACCUCUUCCUCUCGAACAAAGACAUCGAGCAGCUCUUCUUCCUCCUCAGUAAGAAUGCCCACCUGAACGGUCACUUUAUGCACCCCCUAGUUAUGCACUUCUAUGUGAAGCUGUUCUCGCUGGGUCCCGCAGUCACCUACUUUAGCAAAUUAAUUAAACAAAACGGUGAAGCAAGUUAUGCAUUCUGCCCGAUUUCUAUGUUCCCAAAGAGCUCGCCAGCCUACCUAAAAUUUUUAAAAAAAAGUGAUGUGAAAAAUCACUUCCACACCUUCUAUCAAACGCUAUCCAUCAAAUAUUUGUUAAAAAGAAAAAUAAAUUUUUGUGAAAAUCGGAGCAGCAUUGACCAUUCUGCAUGCUCAGGUAUCACCGACUCACCUCGUCUGAGCCAUUUUGUACUUUACCAAAAUAUAGUUAACAAAAUAAUCGCUCGGUCUUUCUAUCUUUAUCAAGCAAAAAUCAAUCCAAAGGGGAAAUACACUCACAAAUGGCUGCACACAACUACAAACAGUGCACGUGAAAAAUAUGAAAAAAAUUACCUCUAUGACUUUACCAAAUGUAAGUUUUUUUAUUUAAUAUACAUCAGAGCAAUAAUUCGAGGAAGAAGAAGCGGGAAGCCACUCGGAAAAUCCGCACCACGUGGUCGGCGUCAAAAAGAAGAGCCGCAGAAAUUAUCAACGGUAGCAGCAUCUUAG